AUGACGUUUGACCCCUGCAGUGUCUACAGUGUUCUAGAUAAUGAGUGGCGAAGAACAGACAGCAUGUUUUACACCAGCUAUGGUCAUUACGAUGAUACUCUUGUUGAAUGGAGUGGCUGGUAUCGUCUGUAUCUUCAGGGAAAAAGUGCUCAGAUUCCUGAAUCAUAUUCAUGUGUGAGUUUUAUGUCCUGUGGUGGUUACACUGCACUUUUGCUUGGAGGAUCUCAUCCACAACUACAGGAUGAUAUCGUCACCCGAGACAUCUAUGGCUAUGUGACUGACAGCAGACAAUGCAGUUCCUACAGAUCAAACCCAAUCCAAGUCAAAGCCUGUCCAGGAAAUUACUAUGUCUACAAACUUGUUAAGCCAGCUGUGUCACUUCCCAUACCCACAUACUGUGCAGUUGUGUUGGAGACUCUCAGUUAUGAUCCCUGUAAUAACUACAUGUCUCUGGAUCAACCCUGGAGAGGCACUAAUGAGACUGGAGAGUUCAACUGUGACGAUGACUAUAACUGGACUGGCUGGUAUCGGCUGCUGUAUAAUGGGAUGAGCGUCCGUAUGCCAGAAAGUUGUGUUGAUGUAUUCAGAUGUGGUACUUAUAUCACUCUGUGGCUGAAUGGAUCUCACCCUCAGAUAGAGGAUGGAAUAGUCACUCGUGCAGUCUGUGGGAAUGUAGGCUGGGAGGGCUGCUGUAAUCUUAGAUCCACUCCUAUUCGAGUCAAAGCAUGUCCAGGAAACUAUUAUGUCUAUGAGUUUGUCAAGCCAUACUUCUGCGCUGCUUACUGUGCAGGAUCAGCAGCUGUGGCCUUCAUGAGCUUCACCAACUUGUCAAGUGUGCUGGAACCUGGCCUGUUCAGUACAAUUAACGCCACAAAGAAAACCAUGAUGUCCACCGUGAUAUCAGCCACACUGCCCAGAACUACCUACCAACAGCUCGACACACCUGUCAACUUCACUAUGAAACACAUUGCA